GCCACUCAACUUUUGCCAGUUCGGAUUGCAAGUCCUACAUGUCUUCCAUGCUGCUCGAAGUCCACGCCAGACUGCCAUCAUAAAGAAGUGAAAACCCAUUGCUCUCCGGUUCAUCAUCUUGCUCUAGUCUCCACUGAACACCCAUCCGUUUUCUCUGCAUAGGAACAAUGCCUGAGAAAACAACUGCUGAGAAUAUUUUUGGCAGCAUUGUGGAAACUCUUGCUGAGAGUGGUUCAAAGCAGAAAUCUGUGUCAUUUUUUGGGGAAGAGAAAUCAAACCCUGUUGCUUCUCAAUUCAAUCGUCUGUUUGGACGCCAGAAGCCUGUCUACAAUCUUUUGGGGGGAGGAAAAUCUGCUGAUGUGUUGUUAUGGAGGAACAAGAAGGUCUCAGCUAGUUUCUUAACUGGUGCAACAGCAAUCUGGGUGCUCUUUGAAUGGCUUGAGUACCAUUGUUUAACACUUGUAUUCUUCGCUCUUGUUCUUGGUAUGCUUGCUCAGUUUAUUUGGUCGAAUGCUUCUGGCUUAUUCAGCAGUGGCAGGUCACAAACUAAGGUUCCCCGUCUUGUCCUGCCCGAGGAGAUAUUUGUCAACAUUGCCAUCACAAUAAGUGCUGAGGUUAAUCGAGCUUUGAGUUUCCUUCAGGAUGUUGCAAGCGGAGGAAACAUUAAGCAAUUACUUGUGGUUUUAGCAAGCUUGUGGGCUGCUGCUGUGUUAGGAAGCUGGUUCAGUUUUCUGACUGUUCUGUAUGUUGGUAUUGUUGCUGCCCACACACUGCCAGUCUUUUAUGAGAGGUAUGAAGAUCAAGUUGACAGCUUUGUGUAUAAGGUCCUCCAACAGAUUCAAGAUAACUACCGCAAGCUGGAUGAUGGUGUCCUUAGCAAGAUCCCUAAGGGAAAGCUCAAGGGAAAGAAGUUUGAGUAGAAUAAUUUAGUAAAAUAAUCAAGGUCUUGAAGAUCUAUUGUUCAUCUCAUCUGUCGAUGGGGAUGAAGUUUAAAUAUGUAUUUGAAUGGAUAGAGAAAAUGAAAAAUCAUGUUUAUUUGGAUUGAACCGGACAAUUAGGUCUCUGUAAGUCAAGACUAUUAAAAGAAAAGCUCCACUUGAAGAAUA